GUUUAAGAAUGGCGCAGGUGUUGGCAGUCCCAGGAGAUGUUAGACAUGGAUUCGCCUAUAAAACCACAUUCCACCAUGAUUUUGGACGGUUUACUGCAAUAGCAUCGACAACCACGGGGAACAUUUUAUUAUGUGACUAUGAUAAAAAAAAUCUGCUUUUAGUCGGUCCUCUCGGAAAAUACUUAAAUAAGAUUAAUUUGGAAAGUGAACCAUUUGAUGUGGCUAUUACAAGUCAGAAUAUAGGAUAUGUUACCCUACCAAACAAAAGAUCUGUAUUACAGAUAGACCCGGACCGACUGGUUGUACUACAUAACGUAGCAAACAACGACAAGUGGACUACCGUAAUUUGUGUGUCAGCAGUACCGAAUUCUGGAAGGGACACUGAAAACAAGGUUCCGUGUUAUCUUGGCGUAAAAAUGUAUAGUUCUUUGUAUGCAUAUCCAGUCAAUAGCUAUAACUUAUGGCUUUCAAACGAAAACAUUACUGGUAGUGGAUGUUCUAUUGAUUCUCGUGUAGUGAAGUUCCAUUGUUUUAACGCUGGAACUUUUAUUUCAUGUAUAGGCGGGCAGAACUAUAUCAAGAUUUCAAAAUGCACUUACCAGGGACAUCCUUGUACUGAACAAAUUGUCAACAUUGAAACUAUGGUUACGCCUACUGACGUGUGCUCUGAUAACAAUGGACACAUCUACGUCAGUGGACAGGGUUCAAACAACAUACACCGGUUGACACAGGACGGCAAGGUUCUAGAUAUACCAUUGGACAGCAGACAUCGUAUCAAACAACCAGUUGCUUUAUGUUUCAACCCAAACUAUGAUAAACUAUAUGUUGUUAAUGAAUGGGGAACAUCGGUGUUGAUUUUUGAUGUUAUUUGAGAAAAAGGAUAUAACCAUGAUAACUGUGAGAAGUCUCAAUACUAUUGAUUUGAGAAUUAUAAUUGUGUUAACGAAGUUUAUUAAUUAUUGUAUCACAUGUAUACAACGCGUUGACAAUCUGGCGACAGCGAAAUAAUGUUAAGUGUCGCUUUCAUAAAAUUUCGAUCUAAACAGAUUUCAAAUUUGUGGUUUUCGAUGAGGUAGACCUUUUGUGAUACUUGUUGUAAAUCGAUAAUGUAAGAUUAUACAAAAAAGCAAUUAUACUGUAUGCAAUUUUUUUUUAAAUACAAACAGGUUUAACCCCAUCGCAUAUUGUGUUUUUACCAAGUCAUGCACAUUAUAUAUUUGUGUUGUCUUGGUUUUAUUAGGGGACAUGCUAUCUAUAAUGUCAUUAAGUUAGGGGUCAUGCUAUCUAUA